UCUUGGUCUUCCUCUCGACAAUGGAAACUCAAACUAAGAUCAUUCCUGUUGUUCUCCAUGGCGAGAACUACUUUUACUGGUCCAAGGCCGCCAAAGCUGUCCUUCGAAGCAAAGGUCUGUGGAACCACAUCACCCAAUCUGAUUGGAUUCCCCAGACACCUGCCCUGCCUACAAACCCUGAAACACCAGCAAUGGACAAUACUGCUGAAAGAAACAAAUGGGGGCAAGACGAUCAGUUAGCCCUCACAAUCCUUCAGAGCUCCCUGGAUGAACACCUUCUCAAGUCGUUCAUCUCCCCAGAAAAGGCAAAAGACCUCUGGGAUGCUCUCCAAAAGGUGUACGGUAAUCUGUCUAACCUCUGCCGUGUUUUCGAAAUUAAGAAAAAGAUGUCUAACCUGCAGCAGAAUGGAAAAUCUUUCAAUCUGAUUCAUGGGGAGUUUGCUGCUCUUUGGAAUGAAUUGGAUGAUCUCCAGCCUCCAUCUAAUGAUAUUGUUGGAUUUAAGCAACGUCUAGAAGAAGACAAGAUCUUCUCCAUCUUGCUCACUCUUGACAGCAGCUAUAACGACAUGAUUUAUCAUGUCUUGCGCCAAGAUAAGCUCCCCUCAUAUGAUGAUGUCUGUAUGCUCAUGAAACGUGAGGAAGGUGGUCACCAUCUGUUCGGUGGCCCAAGUGAGAUUGCUCACUAUCGACAAAACCACCAUCUGUUUAUUCAAUCACCUCUGCCUCCUUCCCCAUCUUUUCCAAGAGAAAAGAAACAAUAUUACUGUGAUCACUGCAAACGUUCGGGUCACUCGAAGGAAAGAUGUUGGUUGCUCAAUCCACAUCUCAAUCCGACAAAAUUCAAAGACCACGCUGUUGUUCGAGGCAAAGCAAAUACAACUGAUUCAGUCACUCUCACUCCUUCUGACAUGACUGAACUCAAGCACCUUCUCCUUGCUUUAAAAGAUAAGGAGACCGGAUAUUGACACUGGCCUUAUUCUCGGCAAGGGUUUCAAGCGGGAUAAUCUCUACUUUUUUGCUGAUCACUCUGCUUCUGCUUCUGUUUUUUCAAGUGUUGAAACUGUUAUUUCUUCUCUUUGGCAUCAUCGUUUGGGACAUUGCCAUUCGAAGGUGUUACGUUUGUUGUUUCCGAACAAUCAGUUUGAUAAUAAAACCUGUGAA